CUAAUUCAAAUAUUAACACUGUAUUUUCGAUGGUUGAUGGGAGUUACGGGUUUAUUAUUACAGAGACUGAUGAUAUAAAAAUUUUAAAUACAUCUAUACCACAUCUAUCUAUAUAUUAUAAGUUUUUAAACCCAAUAACUAGAGAAAUUUCUGAAAAAUCUUUACUUUAUCAAGCACGAAAUGUUUCUAUAUCAUUCAUUUCAUGUUCAUCAAAUUAUAGUGAAUACGGAAAUGUAUGCAUGAUAACUGAAUUAACCGAAACAUUUGGAGAUAAAAGUAAAUUAUAUAUGACAUAUCAAAUAGAUUUUUUAUCAUCUGGCUCUGUAAUCGAAUUUAAAACAGUACAUAAUAGUACAAAUUCUGACAUUCCAAAUUUUUAUAUUCUACCUUCAUUUUAUGGUGGAUCGAUUGUAACCAGUUGGGUAAAUCUUGUUCACUCACGUUUUAAACUUGGAUUUGCUAUUCAAGGACCAUCAAUAAAUAUGACUGGAACUAUGAUUAUGCUUAACGGUAGUAAAAUUACAUGGA